UGCGCCUGCGACGUUCCAGCGGUUGAUGGAGUUGGUGAUGCGGGGCUUGCAGUGGGAACAGUGCCUAAUUUACCUGGAUGAUGUGAUGGUGUUCAGUAGAUCUCUGUCCGAGCACUGGUACAGGCUGCGAGAGGUAUUCCAGCGACUGUGAGCAGCCCAUCUCAAGCUCAAACCGUGUAAGUGUUACAUUGCACAGCGCGAGGUGGGGUACCUCGGACACCGAGUCAGCGAGGCAAGGGUGCGCACCGAUCCGGAGAAGGUACUCACUGUAGUGGAUUGGCCAGGGCCAAGGAACCUGACGGAGAUAAGGUCAUUCUUGGGGCUCGCCACCUAUUAUCGUCGAUUUGUAAAGGGAUUCAGCGAGAUUGCACGCCCCCUCACCCAACUCACAUCCCCUAAGAAACCCUAUCAGUGGAUGGAGGCCUGCCAGAUGGCCUUCACCAUCCUCAAAGAACACCUCACCCACACUCCCACCCUGGCUUUCCCCGAUUUCACCACUGAUUUUAUUUUGGACACCGAUGCUUGCAGCAGUGGGCUGGGCGCAGUGCUGUCACAGGUGCAGGGUGGGACGGAGCGGGUCAUCGCAUACACCAGUCGGACCCUGAGCGAGGCCGAGCUGAACUAUUGUGUGACCCGUCAAGAACUGUACGCCGUGAUCAUCGCAUGUAAACAGUUCCGGCCGUACUUGUACAGCAGAAAAUGUCGGAUGCGCACUGACCAUUAUGCCCUGUAGUUCCUCCUUACAUUCAAGGAACCGUGGAGGCAGAUGGCCCAAUGGCUGGCGCAGCUGCAGGAAUAUAACCUGCAGAUUCAAUACAGGGCUGGGCGGACGCACGCAAACGUGGACGCCUUGUCAAGGCGACCCGUGGUGUGCGCCGAGACGAGGGCGAAGGAAGCCUGCCCGUGCUUCACGGGGGAACGUUGCCGACAAGCGGCGGCCCCCCAGGAGCGCGCUGAAACUAACCCCCCUCCCACGAGAGAGGGUGCGGUAUGCGCCGCAGAGACCCCUGCGGAAGGAGUCGUGGGCCCAACGGACCACCCCACCCUGAACGGGCUGAUCCAAGGGGACGUCAGCUGCCCCUUCCCGGGCCUGGAUGACGAGCAGCUGAGACAGACCCAGCAGCGGGACCCGGACCUGGCGGCGGUGGCUGCGGCCCUAAGAGAGAAGAAGAGCGCCCUACCGGGACCCUGGAGUGAUCUGCUGUUCGGUGUCCCCCCGCCACAACGGGAGGAGGGGAGCCGCCCCAUAGAGCACCUGAUGGAGACUCUGCGAGGGGCCGCGCACGGGCCUACCCGCAAGGAGAGGCCGCACACCAGCGGCAAGAGCAGGGCGCCCAACCCCGUAUGGAGCCCCCCUUCUACUCGGCGGGCUCUAAGCCCACAGGUGCCGAGGGCCAAGGAGAACCGUCGGAGUGGAGGAGGAGACCGCCGCCAGAACCCCGGGAGACGAAGCCACCACCUCCGAGGCCGGCCACGAGGGCCGGGCGAGUCCCGUGGACCCCGUGGUACUACCUCCUGGGGGCAACCCAGGCGAGGUGCUCCAGGGACGGGGGCUGGCACCUCGGGGGGCUAUGUGGUGCGACAGCAGCAAAGCCGCUCCAUCGGUGCCGUGCCUGCCACUGUGAUGCCGCAGCAGCGAAGCCAUCCUGCCGACUCCGUGGCCGCGAUGCCGCCACCUCCGAGCGACGGGGCCGACGCUGCUCUUCCCUCACCACCCCCCACAUGAACACACACACACCCCCACAUAGAGCCCCGAGGGGAGGUCACCUGGCCGACAGGU